AUGGCCCAACAACUGUCCACUGGAGACAGGGAUUCCAAUAUUUCUAGGCUGGAGGCGAGACAGACCCGUACAACUUUUGCUGACUUCAAGAAGAUUGGUCCACCUGAGUUUCAUGGAGCCCUCGACCCUGAUAUAGCAGAAGAAUGGCUGGUAGAAAUGGAGAAGGUAUUCACAAUUUUUCCAUGCACUAAGGAGCAGCAAGUGAGCUACGCUACCUUCAUGCUGAAAGCUGAUGCCGAUUUCUGGUGGGAUGGAGCAAGACAGUUGUUGGAGGAUGCUGGAAUAGAUAUCAAUUGGGACACCUUCAAGGAAGCUUUCUACAAGAAGUACUUUCCCCUUUCUGUUCGAGAGUCCAAGGAGAUGAAGUUUCUUCAGCUAAGGCAAGAUAGGAUGAGUAUUGCAGAGUACACAGAGAAGUUCGAGAGACUCUGCAAAUUUUCCGCCAUGUAUAAGGCUAAUUCAGAUGAAAAAUGGAAGUGUAUGAAGUAUCAAGGAGGGCUCAGGACAGAAGUCCUAACCGCAAUAGCCCUACUAGAAAUCCGGGAGUUCUCCUCCCUCGUUAGCAAGUGCCAAGUGAUCGAAGAAUGCACCAAAAAACUAGCGUCGGAAAGAAGCGAGGCUUUCAAGAAAAGGCAACUGAAUCAAGAAUCAUCUCAGCAGUCACCGCAGAAGAAGGCCUUUCUUGGAAAACCUACAGAAAGGCAACCUCAACAGGGCACGGAUUGCCAGGAACCUCCCACUAAUGCCUCACCAAAGACCACCGAACUCAAGGAGUGUGCUUCAUGUGGGAAGCAACAUAAGGGUAGGUGCCUUGUCGGGCAAAAUGUCUGCUUCCGGUGUUUUCAGCCGGGGCAUAUCGCCAAGAAAUGCCCAGCAGUUCUCCCACCCCCUGCCAAUCCACCACAGCGUCAGGGGCGAGUCUUUGCCCUCAGUUGUGAGGAAGCCCACGAGUCAGAAGAUAGAAUAGAGGAUAAAUUCACAAUUAAUGGAAUCCUUUAA